AUGAUGAAUUAUUGGUGGGGUGGAUCGGCGGAUAGUGGGCAUAUCCACUGGCUCCGGUGGGAACGACUAACACAGCACAAAUCAAAAGGCGGCAUAGGCUUUCGAGACUUGCAUCUUUUCAACAAAGCCAUGUUAGGGAAACAAGGAUGGAGACUUAUUACACGUCCUGACAGUCUUUGUGCUCGGGUUUUGAAAGGCCGCUACUUCCAUGACUCGGACUUUUUGGGCACUACAAGGAAGAAGCACGCCAGUCAUACAUGGCGCGCGAUCCUGGCUGGAAAGGAAGUGGUACAGCGUGGGGCUAUCAAGAGGAUUGGCAAUGGCACUUCGACGAACAUCUGGCAGGAUAGGUGGAUACCUAUGCAUUUUGACGCUAGGCCACUGACUCCCAGUGAUGGACAGGAGGUGACAAUGGUGUCUGACUUGAUGACCAAUUCAGGACAGUGGAAUGAGGAGUUGAUCCGAGAGAUUUUCAUCCCGGUGGAUGCAGCAGCAAUACCCCGAAUUCCGUUGAGAUCGCAUGACGAUGAUGACUGCUGGGCUUGGGAGCCGGAAAAGCACGGCAUUUACUCAGUGAAGACAGCCUAUCAGAAACUCGAGCAGCGGAAUAAACGGCUACGUGGUGAAGAUCAACCACCUAUAAAGGUAGCAGUGCACUGGUCUAUCGACAUGGCCCAUGAUCUGCUGGAAAUCGUCAAACUGAAAGAGAAGGUCAGUCCGGGUUUUGCAAAACCAGCCUGGAAGCCUCCUCCGGUAGGUUGGGUCAAAUGUAACACUGAUGGUGCUUACCGCCCGGACGCUGGGCAUGGCGCGUCUGGGGUGAUCCUCAGGGACUCCACAGGUCUCUUUCUGGGCGGUCGUUCACGCUGGUACCCCCAUGCUUUGGAUGCCUUGAUGAUGGAGGCAUUGGCCUGUCUUGAUGCUCAUAAGCUAGCUCAGCAGGCCAAAGGUGAUUACAGAGUUGUGGAGUGGCAAGUUGUCCCAACCUGUAUUAUAAACCUGCUGGCUGAAGAAUGUAAUCCCCAUAUUCCCUAA